AUGCCCGUCAUCCCAAUCACUAGCCUGGCCGAGUUCAGGGAGAAGAUUCUUGAAUCUGACGAACCCGCCCUCUUGGACUGUUUCGCCGAGUGGUGUGGCCCCUGUAAGGCGAUCGCGCCUAAAGUCGAGCAGUGGAGCGAGCAAUACCCCGAGAUCAAGUUCUACACCUUUGACGUGGACAAAGUGCCCGAUCUCUCUGCCGAGCUUGGUGUGAGAGCCAUGCCUACUUUCAUGCUGUUCAAGGAUGGUCAGAAGUUUUCUGAGGUUGUGGGAGCUGCUCCUCCAGCUAUUGAACAGGCUAUACAGUCUCUUCUCUAA